ACACAAUGGUUCUUCCGAUGCUGAAAUUAGAGAAAUGCUCGGUGUCAUUGGUGUCAAAGACAUGGAGGAAUUGGUAUCAAAAACAAUUCCAGCCAAUAUUCGUUCCACAAAACCGCUCGCACUGAAGGAAGGACUCACCGAAAGCGAGCUGUUGAAGCGAUUGAAAAGUAUUGCAUCGGAAAACAAACUUUACAAGUCAUACAUAGGAAUGGGAUAUACAGGCACGAUCGUACCAACGGUUAUAUUAAGAAAUAUCUUGGAAUCACCCGCAUGGUAUACUCAAACCAUGGUGAUUGAUAUUACGGGCAUGGAGAUCUCGAAUGCUUCGCUUCUUGACGAGGGAACCGCAGCUGCAGAGGCCAUGAUAAUGUCUUUUCACGCUGGUCAAAAGAAACGACCCACGUUUUUCGUAGACAAGAGAUGCUACCCUCAGACUAUUGCAUGCCUGGAAACGCGUGCAGAAUGUUUGGGCAUCAAUAUCGUCGUCGGAGACGUGUUGAAGCACGACUUUGAACCUCACGGCAAAGAUUUAUGUGGCGUCUUGGUUCAAUAUCCCGCUACGGACGGCUCGAUACAUGACUAUUCUUCCCUGGCAACCAAAAUUCACUCCUUGGGUGGUCAAGUGGUCUGCGCUACCGAUCUACUGGCGCUCACGAUGCUCACUCCCCCGGGCGAAUGGGGAGCAGAUAUCGCCGUCGGAAAUAGUCAACGUUUUGGUGUUCCACUAGGUUAUGGAGGUCCGCAUGCUGCUUUCUUUGCUUGCAAAGAUGAUCACAAACGAAAGGUGCCCGGUCGCUUGAUUGGUGUAUCGCGCGAUUCAUCGGGAAAUAAAGCAUAUCGAUUAUCGUUACAAACCAGGGAGCAACAUAUCAGGAGAGAAAAAGCGACGAGUAAUAUUUGCACGGCUCAAGCAUUGUUGGCGAACAUGGCUGCAAUGUACGGAGUCUAUCACGGACCUGAGGGUGUUAAAGCCAUCGCCAAUCGUGUUCACAAUCUGACUAAAAUUCUAGCUGCAGAAAUCAAGCAUCUUGGUCACAGGGUCAUAACGGAACAUUUUUUCGACACUUUGAAUAUUCAUGUUGGAAAUUCCGAACAUAUUUACAAAAAAGCAUUAAACGCCAACAUCAAUCUUCGGAAAGUCGAUGAGACCACCAUCGGC